AUGAUGAGUAGCACAACGACACCCUCAGGACAACAAGGUAGUUUCUUUGCAACCCAGGACAUUCUUUUCGCCGCUUUCUACGUGACAAUCGUUUUUCCAGGCGUCAUCGGUAACGGGAUCAUAAUCACUAUCGUGCGCAAGACGCCAUCGAUGCACACCACAACCAAUUACCUGCUGAUGAACUUGGCCGUGGCAGAUUUACUAACUUUGUUACUCUGCCCUGGUCUUUAUGACUUUGCUUUAACAAAGGUUCGUCUGAAAGGAUUCCUAGGAGAUGUGAUCUGCAAGUUAUUCGCUGGAAAUGCUGUUGUCCCAAUCACCAUAAACGUAGCGGUUCUGACAGUUUGCACGAUUGCAGUGGAAAGAUACCUGGCUCUGGUAAAGCCUUUUCGCAAUUUACGAUUAACUAAAGACUCCGUUGGAUAUGUCAUAGCUCUGCUUUGGCUCAUUGGUUUGUUAUCUUGCGUACCAGAUAUCCAAGCCAACACGUUUGACAUUGAGUCCAACAAAUAUCCUUGCAAACGCCCCUGGAGUUUGGAUGAGUACUACCUUCACAAGUCUUUCAUUAUUUUCACAUGCGUUUGUUUUGGUCUCUUAAGUUUUCUAAUAAUUUUUAUAUGUUACUUUGAAAUCGUCCGUGGUUUGUACUUUACUCAAACAAUUUGCUCGGAAACUUCAGCCAGUGAAACAGAGAGACAUGAAAAGAAGCAGUUGGCACGCCUUCUUAUCUGGCUUGCGAUUAUCUUUGCUGUCUGCUCGCUUCCAUUUGCUUCUUUUUUUCUCUAUCUUAUUUCCGCCAAUCACGCAGCUGUCCUCGAUAAAUAUGAAACGCUGUAUUUAUUGCAUAGAAUAUCUCGGUUUUUGCUAUUUGCGAAUUCGUUUUUUAAUCCGCUUUUAUACGCACUACAAAGCAGCAACUAUCGCAACAACUUUAGGCUUCUCUUUAAAUCCAAGGUUCGCUGUUGUAAACCAUUCGAAAGUAAUUCCGUUCAAAAUACCAACUAUAGGCAGAGAACUACAGGAACCAUUCCCUCUGAUAACUGUGAAUACGCCUUG